AGCAGAUACAGAUAUAGAUCAUGGCAACAAUGGUAUUGCCCGCCCGACCUGACCCUGAUGAAUCGGCUUUCAUUUGUGACAAGUGCCACAAGUGCUCUCCGCGACGCGAUCUUCUCGUCAGACACAGGCGUAGGUGUCAAGGUCCUCCGAAGCCACUCGCCAGGCGCAAGGCUUGCAAUUCCUGUGUCCAAGCCAAAGCCAAGUGCUGCUACAGUCUCCCAACUUGCUCUCGUUGUGUGAAAAGGAAUACACCUUGCCAUUACGAAUCGACAGCUUUGCACUCCGAAAUUCUACCGAAUAGGUCUACGAUAGGGGACAGGAGUGAAAACAAGACCCCCAUGCUUCUUGCCUACAGCGCAAUGGAUCCCCUCAAUACACAGUUCUGGCCGCCCGGAAUGACGCCCUGGGAUGCGAACGCUUUCCAUGUGCCGAUCAACGUGCCUUCUGAUGACGUCUCACUGACUGCACCUCUGGCUCAAGGGCCAUUUGCCACAGGAGACUAUCCUUAUCUCAUUGGAAAGUCCCUUUCUGAGAUCGAAGAUGGUUUGGCUCUAUCUUCUGACCACGCCAUUAUGUCGAACGAUGAGUCCCGCGGUUCCCCGUCGAGCAUGGAUCGCAUAAUGUCCUCAACUAAACCCCGCGAUCUUGUCAUGAUCCUUCACGAGUAUACUUCUCUGUUGCUCAAGGACUCCUUCCAAACACCACUAUUACAUUUCACCAUGUAUGGCAACGAGAAUGCCGACAUCACCUUAUUGCCCCUUACCACAAUGGCAAUCUCCUGUGGUCGAUGUCUUGUCCACGGAGAGAGCAUUGCGUUUAUGAGGCGCGCUGUUGAAGGUGAGCAGCAACGACUCAUCCAACAAUAUUCGAGUUACAAAUGCAUGAAACAGUGGGAUGCACUGCAUGCUAUGAUUUUGUAUGUGACCAUCGAGCUACAAAACUCUCUUAGAGACAUCGGUGAGAACUGGAAGCCUCGCCCUCGGGCUUUGGGCCUGCGUUUGCCAUUCAUUCGAAAAAUGGCUGAAUGCUAUGCUGCCAAUUAUCCGAAGCUUAAUCGCUCAGACGUCCACGCUUUCGAAGAAGUUUCGAGCGCACCGGAUACCACCAACAAGGGCCCCUGGCAUCGAUGGGUUAUCACGGAAGCCGCAAGACGCACGCUGUUCAUGCUCAAUAUGGCCAAUUGGUUCAGCUGCUUCGACCUCACUACAUGCACUCAAUCACCAUACUACGAGCCUCUUUGUGACGACAUCGUCUUUGGCUUACCACUACCCUGCAGCGAUGCUCAGUGGCUUGCGUGCAAUGAGAUGGAAUGGCGGACUGCAAUUCAGUCG